GUGAUUUCUUGUUGCCUCUUAUAUCAAGUGUAGCUUCAAAAUAUUUACUCCAGACAUUUUUGAGUUUUACCCAUUUCUACAGCACCGAAGUGGGUGGCACCUCUACACAUAAGGAUCGAGAACUACAAUGUCGGUUGAUACAAACAGUAUUUACAGUUGUAAUGGGAAAUGCCUUGUUCUCACUAGUGCUGCUCUCAAUUGAUCGGUACAUUAGUGUAAAAUAUCCUCUGCAGUACACUAACAUCAUGAACGUGAAAAAGACAAUGUGGAUGGUUUUUCUAACCUGGAUAUUCUGCUUAGCCAUGGGUUCUACCAUAUACUCGUCGUUAUAUUUAAGGAAAAACCACAUCUGUACAUUUGUGUUUACUUUGGACCGAGUUUAUCAGACUGUUGUUCUGAUAAUUGUAUUGUCAACUCUUAUAACAGUAUUCUGCGUCAACAGGAAAAUAUUAAGAAAGUUCUAUAUCCAGAAGAAAUAUCUGGAAGCAAUGAAGGACCCACAGACAGCUACAGAGAGACUACGACGGAUUGGUGUAGAUGCAAAGUUCUCUGCUACGAGAGCUUAUAUCAUUCCUUUAUCACUUGAUCAACCUAUUUUCCCACAGGGCCCCGUAGAUACUAAGAAAUUCAAGAUAACCAAUGAAAAAGGAAAUUGCAAACUUUUUACUAAAUACACAAAGAAAAAACGAAACACUUUAAGUCAGAGCAUUUCCUUUCAUGUGAAGUAUGUUCAAUCUUCAAGAUAUAUCCUAGUUAUCCUGAUAGCUUUCUGUAUCUUCCACUCCCCCAUGUUCAUGUACCACUCUCUAGUAGCGGUCAGAUUGUACACAGGAUACUAUGAUGAUAUACAUGCUGGAGAAUGUGAUCUUAACGCCAACUUAACACAACCGUUCCAUUGGUCAGAAGACCAGGAUUACUACCUGGGAGAUUGCCUGAGGUUGAUGGUGUACGAAUCAGCUGAUUCUGGUCUAAUCUGUACACUGCCAGACACAGUUAACUUGCAAUCUUCUCACUUCUGCCAAGUUAUCCAUCAGGCUAUGGAUGAACUACAUGCCCUUGCUCGAACUGUAAUAUUCUACAGAAUUGGCAUUUUCAACUCAGUCGUCAACCCUGUUCUAUAUUCUAUAUGGUUUAGACAAUUCAGAGAAGGCGUUUCCCGCUUAUUCUCUUCCCCGAGAUUAAUAUCGAGAAUAAAAACAAACAAAUGAAAUCAUAAAAAGUUUAAAAAUUUAAAAAGUAUUAAUUUUGUUUUUCU